AUGUCAAAUACAAAACGAGAGAAUGAAAGUGAUGAUGAAUGGAUUGGUCCUAUGCCAUCAGAAGCUGCACCACCAAAAAAGAAACAAAAAGCUUUAGAAUAUGAACAAGUUUAUAUAGAUAAUUUACCUUCAUGUGAAUGUUAUGAGAAGUCUUACAUGCAUACAGAUGUCAUAACUCAUAUUGUAAUAACAAAGACCAAUUUUUUAAUAACUGCAAGUUGUAAUGGUCAUGUAAAGUUUUGGAAGAAACAGGAAGAAUUAAUUGAAUUUGUUAAACAUUUUCGUGCUCAUCAACAAGAUAUCAAAGGUUUAGCAGCAAGUUCUGAUGGAGUUUAUGCUGCUACAAUUGGUAUUGAUAAAGCCCUAAAAGUAUUUGAUGUUAUAAAUUUUGAUAUGAUCAAUAUGAUGAAAUUCGACUAUACACCAUCAUGUGUAGAAUGGAUUUAUGCUCCAGGUGAUGCUAUAUGUGCUAUUGCUAUUUCUGACCAGAAUUCUCCAAAAAUAUACAUUUAUGAUGGUCAAGGAACUAAUCAAAUUCUUCAUGUAUUUGAAAAAUUGCAUCGAAAGCCCAUUGUAGUGAUGAAGUUCAAUCCACCUUUCGAAACAUGUAUAUCGAUUGAUCAAGAUGGAAUAUUAGAAUAUUGGACAGGACCGAACAAAGAAUAUAAAUUCCCAAAAGCAGUAACUUUUGAAUCCAAAUUAGAUACUGAUUUGUAUGAAUUUGCCAAAAAUAAAACUUAUCCUUGCGGUUUAGCAUUCUCUCCAGAUGGCAAGCGAUUUGGUACUUAUAGUUAUGAUCGUAAAGUUCGAAUAUUCAACUUUUUGACUGGUAAAUUAUAUCGUAUUUUUGAUGAAUCUCUUCAAAGAUUUCAAGAAUUACAACAACAAACUCAACAACUUCCAAACAUGGAAUUUAGUAGACGAAUGGCUGUGGAACGAGAAUUGGAUAAAUCACAAAUAAAUUUAGGUAAUAUUAUUUUUGAUGACUCAGGUUACAUGGUGAUGUACAGUACCAUGUUAGGUAUAAAAAUUGUAAAUAUAUACACCAAUAAAUGCAUUAAAAUAAUGGGUAAACCAGAAAAUCUUCGUCCAAUGCAACUGACUCUUUUCCAAGGCAAAGCACGACAAACAAAUGCAGCAAUAACUGUUGAAAUGAAAGCUUCAGACAAUCCUACAUUAGAAAUGAUAAAACCAGAUCCAACGCUAUUUUGUACAGCACACAAGAAAAAUCGUUUUUACAUGUUUACACGACGAGAACCUUUAGAUACUAAGAGUACCGAAUGUGAUAGAGAUGUGUUUAAUGAAGCACCAUCAAAGGAAGAUAUUAUUGCUUCAACGGAAAUCAGUAAUAUGCAGAAAAUUUACGAUACUGCUAUUAUUCACACUGCCUUGGGAGAUAUUCAUAUAGUAUUGUUCGGCAAAGAUGUUCCUAAAACAGUGGAGAAUUUCUGUGUCCAUGCAAAAAAUGCCUAUUAUAACAGCCAUAUAUUCCAUCGAGUCAUUAAGGGUUUCAUGAUUCAAACUGGUGAUCCUACCGGAACUGGAACAGGCGGUGAGAGUAUAUGGGGUGGUGAAUUUGAAGAUGAAUUCAAGCCACAUUUAAAACAUGAUCGUCCUUAUACACUCAGCAUGGCUAAUGCUGGACCAAAUACCAAUGGGAGUCAAUUUUUCAUCACAUUAACACCUACUCCAUGGUUGGACAAUAAACAUACAGUUUUUGGACGCGUAGUUAAAGGGAUGGAAGUUGUACAAAAUAUAAGUCAAGUAAAAACCAAUCCUAAAACUGACAAGCCAUAUGAUGACAUAAGAAUAAUCAGUAUAAGUGUAAAAUAAUAUCUCUUGCAUAUUUUUUAAAUGUAUUAUAAUAAUUUUAAUUUAUUCAACAGACGGUAUGAAUAUUUUCCUAUUUUAUAAAAUAAAUCGAUGA